AUGACUUCUUCAUCUUCUGUGCCACCUGCGUCGAGUGCAUCGGCUGGAGGACCGUCUUUGAGCUCCCAUCCACCAUCCUCAUCCACACCGUCACCGACCCAGCCACCCCCCUCAUCUUCCGCCCCACGCAGCUCUUCUCUCUCGCCAUCUUCAUCACAUGCCUCCAGUAUAAGCAGCUUGUCACCGUCUUCUUCCCGUGUCUCGUCAACAACGACACCAUCUUCCCGCUCGCCUUCUCCUGCUCUAACCAGCGACACUUCGAUUCCUGCCAUUUCUUCCCCCACAUCAUCCUCGAUCGAAGCGACCUCUUCCAACAACAACAAUCGUGUCUUAAUUGGCGCUGUAGUCGGCUCAGUCGGCGGGGUUAUCCUUCUUGGCGCCCUUAUCCUGUUAUUUGUUCGCCGCCGUCGCCGAAAACGUGAUGUCAGCCAAUUCCUGAUGCAAGAACGGUCUAAUUACACCGACGAGGAGGAGGGCAAGACAGACUCGCCACGUGGCUGGCCCCGGCCCAGCACCAGCUCCCCGCUCGUGCCAGGCACACCAGGGACACCGAAUUCGGCGGCAGGCUGGGCUGGCCAGCCAACGAGCGCCCUGGCGGCUAAUUAUAGCAGCAAGGCACCGCAUUAUACCGUGCGGGGACAUUCGGCAACCAACUCGACAACAACUCCCAACAUUGCUGGGUUUGGCGCAGACCAAGCUUGGCAGGAGGCGCGAUACGCGCAUGUCGACCCCGCUCCCCUCCCCGCCAUUGGUGUCGUCCCCCCAACACCGAAUCCUGGCUCGGAAACCACCAAUGCCAACGCGAGCGCCAAUCCGCGCAACUCGACUGCAUCCACUGUCUCCUCCGUCUACUCUUCCGCCUCCAACCACCGUCAGAGCCAGCAGUCGGCCUAUGGAUAUGCCUUCAGCGGGGAAAACGACGAGAGCUACUCCCACGCGCCGCCGGGUGUCCAGCCUAAAUCCACCCACCCGCUCCAGCCCCCGGGCCGGUCGGAUACGAUGUCGACCGUUGAGGAACGGACAAGCCCUUCAGCGGAUUGGACAAGACUACCGUUACCGUGA